AUGGAGGAUGAUAGUGCCAAGAAGCACGAUCCGUUAGCAUUGCCGUCACCAGACGUUCUGCGCGAGAUUGAGAGGGAACAGGCCGAACGUAGGAAAGAAAUACUGGAACGGAGGAGGAAGCAAGACAGCCAGCUUGACGAUGAAGCAAAGGCAGCACGUGUGAUUCAGCGCAGCUAUCGCGGACAUCGAGAGCGGAGGGCACUCAAGGGAUAUGGCCUAGAUCCAAGCACGAGGUGGCUCGAGGCACUCAAGGAAGCCGAGUACAAUCUUACCACCCGACCGAAGCCGCGAGACGAACAAUUCACUGAAAGCCAGACGACCACGCAGCGAGUGAGGAGUAGGUGGGCGCAUGUUGGCGCUGUCGCGAGAAGAGCUGGGGAUGAUGAUACCAGUGAGAGUGAGGUCGAUACUGAGAGCCAGGCGGAAGCGCAGAAGGUGAAGAGGCAGCAGAAGGCUGAGAGGGAGAAGUAUGCGAAGACGAUGGGGCUUGAAUACUUCCUGGAAAUGGUCGAUCAGAAGCACAGAUACGGCAGUAACCUGAGAAGAUACCACCAGGAAUGGAAGAAAAGUACUACCAAGGAAAACUUCUUCUACUGGCUGGAUUAUGCGGAGGGUAAAGAGCUGGACCUUGAAGACAGGCCGCGGGAACGACUGGAUAAGGAGCAGGUCAGGUAUUUGUCCCGAGAUGAGAGGAAGAAGUAUAUGGUCAUCAUCGACAAGCAGGGGGGUCGCUUCUGUUGGGACAAAAACGGCAAGCCAAUAACGACCUCGCCGGACUUCAAGGACAGUAUCGAGGGAAUCGUCCAUGCCAGCGAUGAUACACCAACAUGGCGAGAGGUGACCACGGGCGAGAAACCAGAGCCGUCGCAGUACGCCUCAGGUUCUGAUACAUCCUCCACCAAUACUUCCAUCAGCACUGGCAGCCACGAAGACUCCUCCAAGUACGCCAACGAAGAAUUCCAUGAUGCCAAAGGUCUUAACAAGCUCAACCAUAUCAGCGUCGAUGCGCUCAUGAACCACCUCCUCCGAAAGACGACGAAAAAGAACACUUGGAUCUUCGUCGCGGACACCUCAUUUCGCCUUUACGUGGGAAUAAAACAAUCCGGUGCCUUCCAACACUCCUCUUUCCUCAAAGGCGCACGUGUCAGUGCCGCAGGCUUGAUAAAAAUAAAACGCGGCCAAAUCCGCAAACUCUCCCCCUUGAGCGGACACUACGCCCCACCCGUAAAGAACUUCCGCGAGUUCCUGAAAUGCCUCAAAGAAGCCGGCGCAGAUCUGAGUCACCUCAAUGUGUCGCGGAGCUAUGCCGUCAUCCUGGGAUUGGAGGGGUAUAUCAAGGUGAAGAAACGGACAAAGAGCGUGAGGCAGCAUGCGAAAGACAUGGUGAAUCCCGAGGAGAAGAGGAAGAGGGAGGAGGAGGAGAGGGAUAAGAGUCAGAGCGCCGCGAGGGAGAGGGAGAUUCUUGCGAGGGAGCAGGAGGCUGCUAGGAGCAGGUCUUACAGCUAUAGGUUUAAGAAGAGGGUUAGUGGGCGGCUUGGGUCUAUUGGUGGGAAGGCGGAGCAAGGGCCUGGUCCUUCGUUGCUGGAGCAGAAGUCGUCGACUACGCUUUAUGAGCCAGGGACACAGACGGUGGAGGGGGCAGAUGGUGGUGGUGGUGUUAUGCCGCCGACGCCGCCGAGUAUUGAUGCUCCUUCGAAGUGA